AUGCCAAUAGUUACCAAUUUAACAAAUCACAAUUUAAUAAACAAUUCUAAAAUAUCUUUAAAUAUUUCUUUACACGAAUCAAAACAAUAUAUUGGUCUUACUAAUUUAAUAUUAAUUAUAUUUCUUUGUUGUUUUUGUAUUAUUACCGUUUUUGGUAAUGCACUUGUUAUUUAUGCUGUUAUUCAAGAACGAUAUUUAAAAUCAGCUAAAAUACUUGAUCCUCCACGACAUAAACAAAAAUCAUAA